AUCAGACUGUGACGUUUCUGUUAUAACGAUCAUCAUCCUCGAUUGAGAGUGCGCCAGACGUACUCAUGGACCACCUUCUUUGGUGUCUGUUGUGUUCGGUAACAGAGUCACAGCUCGUCCUGUUUCGGCAAGCCCAGGUCUAUGGCUUCACAAUGGAUUCAGGGUGAUCCUCCGACGACGUGGUAGCUCCCGCAGAAGAUGUUUGCUAUAGUGUAACAACGACAUCACGUAUCAAAGCUGAGAGAUCAAGACAAGUACAAAAAGCGCCGUCAAACACCGAUCGAGAUUUUUUUUUUUUUUUUUUUUUUUUUUUUUUUCCAGGGAAUCGUUGAUAUCUUGGCAACAUGUCAGUCGCGGCUCUCAAAGUCCGACCCAAGGACCACCUGACUCUUCCACUCACUCCGAGUCCAGAAUUCAGGAUCUUGGACAUCCCCUUCCGAAUUCCUAGGACUUCUGACUGCCGGCCACUAGAUUGUGUCUCGGCCACGAUUGCGCUCUCAUUGCGAGAUCAAAGUCAACACCCGAGCACAUAAUGGUCUUCGGGGAUGAUCUCUUAGGAGGCCCUGUACUUCAAGCGUUACCUCGCCUGUCUGGCUUCAAGUCAGACAGGACCUGCCAGAUGAGCGUGAUGCAGGACUAGAGGGAAGCUACAUGUCUUUGAAAGCAAGUUCCUGGUAUACGCCGCUGGUGCACGCAGUCACUAGUGCAAAGCACCUCCCAUCCUCCAGUGAUUCUUUUGAGGAGUGACCUGAGUGUGAACUGAGGUGUUCUCUCCAUUACGAAAAUCUUACCGCGGGUCGAAAAAGGGGGCAAGAACGCCUUAAUGCCCUAUGGAGCAUUUCGCACCUCAGCUUCAAGCGUGAUGUUCUGAUAUUUAGGGAAAUAACUUCCCAUAAUGGCAUCAAACUUUGCUGGCUUGGGUGAGCCCUUCCCAGAAAUCCUCAUCUAACAGCAACCCCAAUCCCUUUUCCCAUGAAUCGUCCCCUUUCUCUACUCUCCUCUCCUUAUCCGAGCUGCAUCUGAAUCAAUCUUCUUCAUCAAGUCCGCAAUCCCCAAAGCCUUCAUUGGUGGCGGCCUGCAACACCUCACAGAACUUGCAGUCAACCUUCCUCAGGUUUACCUCCAGUAUUUGGCUCGCGGUCUUUUAGCCAACUCCUACGCUUCUUACUCGGCUCUUGGCCUGCAAAACGACGUUCUUUUGUCUAUUCUAUCAUUGAUCAAAACUUGUUCCAUUGUAUCUUCGAGAUGCUGCUAUUUCCCACGAUCCUUACCGCCGCUCUUGCGGCCACCGGCAUGGCGGCUGCUAUCCCUAGCCGUGACGACACCACGGCCAACAAAGGCACCGCUUCACUGCUGCAAGUCCGCAAUCCGAGCUUCGAGUUCAGGCAUGGCCCCCUUGCGUUGGCCAAAGCAUACCAGAAGUUUGGCGCCCCGAUGCCGGAGGAUCUCAGAGCCGCCAUCGCUAGGUUCCGCCAAAACCAGAAGCGAACGACUGGCACCAUUGCAACGGAUCCUGAGAAGCACGACGUCGAGUACCUAACGCCCAUUUCCGUUGGUACCCCAUCGCAGGAUCUCGUGGUUGAUUUCGACACAGGGUCUAGCGACCUCUGGGUUUUCAGCACGGAGAUGUCCACGAGUGACAUUAAAGGCCAAACUGUGUAUGAUCCGAACAACAGCUCCACAUCCGAGAAGGUCCAGGGAUCGACUUGGAAGAUCACUUACGGUGACGGCAGCUCGUCGAGCGGCGACGUCUACCUCGACACGGUCACAAUUGGCAACUUGACUGUCCCUAGCCAAGCCGUGGAGGCGGCCAAGAAGGUUUCAUCCGAGUUCACCGACGACUCACACAAUGAUGGCUUGUUGGGUUUGGGCUUUAGUGCUAUCAACGCAGUUGAGCCUACCCCACAGAACACAUUCUUCGACAACAUUAAGGGCAGCCUUGACGCUCCUUUGUUUACCGUCGAUCUGAAACAUGGGACCCCGGGCAGCUUCAAUUUCGGCUACAUUGAUCCCGCAGCAUAUAUCGGCAACAUCUCUUGGACGCCGGUUGACAGUAGCCAGGGCUAUUGGGGUUUCACCUCCCCAGGAUAUGCGGUUGGCACUGGAGCGUUCCGUAAUCACUCAAUAAGUGGUAUUGCGGACACCGGGACUACGCUACUGCUUCUGCCCAAGUCCGUCGUCAGUGCAUACUAUAAGGAGAUCCAGGGCGCCCAGUAUGACAGUGAUCAGGGCGGUUAUAUUUUCCCUUGCAGCCCUACUCCACCUGACUUUGUCUUUGGCGUCAACAAGGGCAUUGUUACUGUUCCAGGAGACAUGGUCUCUUAUGCACCAGCUGAUAGUGCCAACCAGAACUGUUUUGGUGGCAUUCAAACGGAUACAGGUAUCGGUUUUUCGAUUUUCGGCGAUGUCGCGCUGAAGACCAGCUUUGUCGUAUUUGAUGCUGGCGGCUUGCAGCUUGGUUGGGCGGCAAAAAACCUAUGAUUCGAGUGGGUGGGUAUAUGGCUGGACCAUCCAGGAAGACUCGGUUCCUCUUGUUGAUCAGAAACCUAGAUUUCCCCUUUUUGCUCGAGCAUACCGAAUUAUAGUUUUAGUUGAGUGGUUUUCGUAUUACUUUGAGGAGAAAAUCCAGAUAAACUGUUUUGAACAACUGCGAGAUUCUAUUAAGGGUAGUCGUGCAAGCUUCCGCCUGGACACAACGAAGAGAGACACGUUGAACCAUAGAAAUGAUUCCAAUUUACAUUAACAAUUGUGACAGC